UUUUGAUAACACCACGCACACGAGGCACCUUACAAUGAAGGUCGACAAUAUUUUUCACACUAAACAAUAUUCGACACUCGGGCAGGCAGUCAUGCGGUUGCGCUGGCGUGGCGUCGUAACUGAGCUAAUUAUAACUGCUACAAUUUUCGCUUCCAUUGCACUCGGCAUAUAUCCUUAUGGCUACGAUAGACUACGUCGGCGGAUUGUGUCUUCGAAAUACUGCCGGAUAUAUUGCAUUUGCGUUGAUGUCAUAUUGAUUUGUUUGGCGCUGUAUGCAUGGCCGAAAGAGAAGCUGGUGAAUUUGGAGCGUAUAUAUUAUUGGACGCUGGUCCAACUGCUUAGUCAGUUCAUCAUAGCGGUAAAUAUAAGUGCCUUGUUUGUGAUUAUGUGGACCAACUGGAGUGAGUACGCGUCCGUGUUGGGCAUAAUCAAGGAGUUUGCAACGUUCGAACGCACCUAUUUCGCACGACACAAACGUUUAGCCACAACCUGUGUCACAUACGCAAACUAUAUGAUUCUGAAAAGUCUGGCAAUGGUUUUGAGGAACAUUUCAUACAUUUACGUGGUUUUGGUGCUGAUUCCAGGCAUGAGUUUCGCUGUCGCAGUAGUGCAUACAAUCGCAAUGAUCUUGGUUAAUGUCAUCUCUCUGGUGGUUUUCCAUUUUUACAUGUUCAUCUUGGCCACUUACCGUUAUAUUUGGAUAAUGAAGCAGCGCAUCAAAAUAAUAGCUGCCAGCACAGGUUGCCGCAGUUCACAGUUGGAAAUCAACGAAAUCACCGGCGUAUAUAUACGCAUAUUGCGCUUGUGUCAACAAUACGGCCGCAUUUAUGGCAAGCUAAUGCUGCUCUGCAUCUGCGGCGUUGCGUCGCUCAAUGUGAUGACAAUAAUCGUACUGCUCUUCGUCUGGCGUUCCAGCGAGAAUGCGCUGAAUAUGAUGUACUGUUGGUAUGUGCUUAUCAUAAAUACGCUCGACUUCUGGCUGACCAUUGCUGUUUGUGAGUUGGCUCUGGGCACGGCUGCCCAGCUGGUGGAGUUGCAGCGGUAUUUUAAUAAUCGCGAGCAUAUGGAUGCUGCCUUGGCGAGAGAGGUUAGUUAUUGUUGGGAGUAAUUGUAGUAAUUAUUUGCUAAACAUUUUUUUCGAUUUGCAGCUGGAGACUUUCGCUUUGGUGUGCGCAACGAGUUCACCGCAAUUCCGUUUAUGUGGCCUGCUGGAUCUGAACUUUUCAAAUGGCUUGAAAGUGUU